AUGGAGAAAAACACAGAAAAGGAUAUGGAGAAGGACAUGGAGAAGGUCACGGAGGUUGCCAUCGAUCUGGAGAAGUCAGACGAUCCCUUUGGCGAGGAAAUUGCUGGGGGGAACUGCGCAAUUUUGAUGAUUGCCCAGUCGGUCUCACUGGGAGUUCUCUCCCUCCCGUCGUCGAUGGCAGUUUUGGGUUUAGUCCCUGGUUGUAUCAUUAUUAUUGGUAUCGGAGCUUUGACUACCUACACUGGAUAUGUGAUCGGCCAGUUCAAAAUGCGAUACCCUCACGUGCAUAACAUGGCAGAUGCCGCAGAUAUCUUGUUCGGCGCUUGGGGUCGCGAACUUGUUGGGGCUGCCCAGGUCAUUUGCUUCGUUUUCCUUAUGGGCGCUCAUGUCUUGACAUUCUCUAUCAUGAUGAACACCCUUAGCAAUCAUGGUGCUUGUACCAUCAUUUUCUGUCUGGUGGGAGCCAUCCUCUGCUUUUUCCUGACUCUCUCAAGGCGUCUGGAGGAAGUUUCAUACUUGGGCAUUAUCUCCUCACUGUCAAUCUUCAUCGCCGUGAUGAUCACCAUGAUCGCUAUUGGUGUUGAAGCACCCGAUCCCAGAGCAUACGCCAUCACCCACCCAACUCUGAUGAACGGCUUCUCCGCUACUCUCAACAUUGUGCUUGCUUAUUCCGGCCAUAUGUCCUUUUUCGUCUUCCAGUCGGAGCUAGCAGACCCGAAAGACUACCCCAAGGCGCUAAUUACCUUCCAAGCAACGGAUACAUCGCUAUACCUCAUCACUGCCCUCGUUAUUUACCGAUACGGCGGGCCGAACGUCCUCAGCCCCGCCCUGUUGAGUGCAAGCGAACUCGUUUCGAAAAUUGCAUUCGGUAUCUCCAUCGGUACGAUCGUCAUUGCUGGUGUGGUCAUUUGCCACGUCGGUGCAAAGUGCAUUUACGUGCGGAUCUUCCGUGGCACCCAUAGGAUGAGCGAGAGAUCUUUCCUUUCAUAUGGCACUUGGGUACUGAUCACUUUCCUCAUGUGGGUUAUUGCGUGGUUGAUCGCCAACGCGAUUCCUGUGUUCAACGAUCUGCUCAACAUGAUCGCGGCGGCAUUCUGCAGCUGGUUCUCAUUCGGUCUGGAAGGCCUCUUCUGGUUGAGCAUGAACCGCGGAAAAUAUCUUUCAAGCAAACGAAAGAUGGCCUUGACUGCGCUUAACAUCUUCCUUGUGGCCUUGAGUUGUCUGAUCUGUGGAAUGGGUCUUUGGUCGUCAGGAACCAGUAUUCGUAUCAAUGCGCAGACUGCACACAAACCCUUCUCCUGCGCAAACAACGCCUGA